AUGCUUCCUGUUUCAACUUCUCUUGCAAGACAUGUGGUAACCAUUGAUGGUUAUGUUGAUGUCCCUCCUAAUAACGAAAAAGAACUCCUAAAAGCUGUCGCAACUCAACCAGUAAGUGUAGGCAUAUGCGGCAGUGAGAGAUCAUUCCAAUUAUACUCUAAGGGAAUCUUUACUGGCCCAUGUUCCACCUCUGUAGAUCAUGUUGUUCUAAUUGUUGGUUAUGGUUCAGAAAAUGGAGUUGAUUACUGGAUAGUUAAGAAUUCAUGGGGAACUUCAUGGGGUAUGAAGGGGUUUGUACACAUGCAGCGUAACAGUGGAGUUAGUGGAAUCUGUGGCAUCAACGUGAUGCCGUCAUAUCCAACUAAAACUAGCCCUAAUCCACCACCCCCGGCCCACCACCUCCAGGAACUACUAGAUGUAGUCUCUUCUCAUCUUGUCCUGCAGGUGAAACUUGCUGCUGUGCACGAAGCUUUCUUGGUAUAUGCACAGCAUGGAACUACUACUACCUAAUAACAAAUUUUGGCUAAGAUUGAACUGAUAUGACUUACAGUCAGACGCUAAUAAGUUUGAUCAAAAGUAUCUGUAUCCAUGACAACUUGAUGGUUACUGCAAUUGUCUCCAAUCAAAUGAUGCAAAAGAACACCAGCUGCAACACUGACGUUCAGACUCUCAACAGCCAUAAAAGUAC